AUGAAAAUAGUGUGUCUAGCGACGCGGCCUGGAGCCAGUACCUUCAGCCCAGUACCCCCAGUACCGCCAUCCGGUACUGGGGGUACGGGGCUGGGGAGACGAGCACCUGGCGGAGGUAGCACACAGGACACCUUUGAGAAUGUGAGUGACGACCAGAAGACAUCAGAGAGGGUGAGUGACGACCAGGAGACAUCAGAGAGGGUGAGUGACGACCAGGAGACAUCAGAGAGCGUGAGUGACGACCAGGAGACAUCAGAGAGCGUGAGUGACGACCAGGAGACAUUAGAGAGGGUGAGUGACGACCAGAAGACAUCAGAGAGCGUGGGUGACGACCAGGAGACAUCAGAGAGGGUGAGUGACGACCAGGGGACAUCAGAGAGCGUGAGUGACGACCAGGAGACAUCAGAGAGGGUGAGUGACGACCAGGAGACAUCAGAGAGGGUGAGUGACGACCAGGGGACAUCAGAGAGGGUGAGUGACGACCAGGAGACAUCAGAGAGGGUGAGUGACGACCAGGAGACAUCAGAGAGGGUGAGUGACGACCAGGGGACAUCAGAGAGGGUGAGUGACGACCAGGAGACAUCAGAGAGGGUGAGUGACGACCAGGAGACAUCGGAGAGGGUGAGUGACGACCAGGAGACAUCAGAGAGGGUGAGUGACGACCAGGGGACAUCAGAGAGGGUGAGUGACGACCAGGAGACAUCAGAGAGGGUGAGUGACGACCAGGGGACAUCAGAGAGCGUGAGUGACGACCAGGGGACAUCAGAGAGCGUGAGUGACGACCAGGAGACAUCAGAGAGGGAGUUUGUGGUCACCAAGAGACACCACGAGUCACCGAAGCCAGCCGAGGAGACAUCGAGCAACUUCUUCUCUAAGUACUGUAGUGUUAGACCUGCAAGAGACGAUCAACAGCGGCUCAGUAGGGAUCAUGGUUACCUGGGUGGUUACCUGGGUGGCGGCCUGGGUGGCGGCCUGGGUGGCUGCCUGGGUGGCGGCCUGGGUGGCGGCCUGGGUGGCGGCCUGGGUGGCGGCCUGGGUGGCUGUCUGGGUGGCGGCCUGGGUGGCUGUCUGGGUGGCGGCCUGGGUGGCGGCCUGGGUGGCGGCCUGGGUGGCGGCCUGGGUGGCGGCCUGGGUGGCGGCCUGGGUGGCGGCCUGGGUGGCGGCCUGGGUGGCGGCCUGGGUGGCGGCCUG